CAGAGUAUCACAUGACCCUCUCCAGGAAGUGGUCGUCAUGUGAUCUCAUUCAGCGUUUUGCACGUAGAGGACAUUGCGUUUGUCAGUCAGUGUGUACUAAAAUAUCAAAAGCAUGGAUAGGUUUGACAAGACCUCGCUCAAUGCAGCCCCGGCGUCAGCACCAGACUUCAGAGGGAAUGAUGGCUCCUUGGUGUCAGCGCUGAAGACUCUUCUGUUCUUUACAAUCCUGAUGAUCACCUUACCGAUUGGACUAUAUUUUGCAUCAAAGUCGUACUUCUUUGAAGCAACUUUGGGGCUAUCCAAUAAUGACAGCUACUUCUACGCAGCGAUUGUGGCCGUGGUGGCUGUGCACAUGGUGUUGGCCAUGUUUGUCUACGUGGCUUGGAAUGAAGGCUCGAAUCAGUGGCGGGAAGGCAAGCAGGACUAACGGCUGACCUCUUUCGGGCAGACGUUUCUUGGUGGAGCACAUUAAAGACGCAGGCAGGACUGACUCGUACAGCUGAGAAGUGCACAGUGGCGUUUAGAACGUCACGAAGGAGCUCAGUAGCCCUUUUUUGCUACAGAGACGGCAAUUUCUCUGAAAAAGGAAAGGUUCCUAACAACAUGUCGUGGGUGUGCUCUUUACUGCUUAAAAAAAAAAAGUUUAAGCAGUACAGAAAUUUCUGGUUAUCGAAAAAGGAAUUUGCCCAGAACUAAAUGUGCCAGAUAACAAGUGAAAGAGAAUUGCAUUGUGUCCAUGCAACCAUCCACGAGCGCUUACAUGUGUUAUGAUGGAACUGCAGUGUAAUAGACUUGAACAGCGUGGUGAACGCUUCUUCAGGUAUUCAACGAUCCCUUGUGACGCGUUUGCACCAUAACUGUUACUGUAGUUGUUACUGUGUGUUUUUUGUCAUUUGUUUGUAAGUGGAAAGAUGCAAAUCAUUGCCGAGCCUCUCUUAGUGAAAUGUUUUAAUGCUUAGAAAUGUGAGUUACUUUAAACUCAUGAACUUGUUUUGAUCUGGGAUCACAAACCUGGGAUGUAAAAUAAAUAAAUAAAUAAUAAUACCAUGUCCACAUCACUUUACUCUA